AUAAGCAGCUCUGGUGGAGCUUGAUCUACUCAUUGUUCUCUGACUGGUUCAGUUGUGUGGAUUGGUAGGAGCUGAGUGUGUUUGCUGCUGCACCGGCCUAUGACUGUGGCUGAAACCAUGGGGUUUCUGUUUGGAUGGUUGCUGUUUUCCUUGCUUGCUGUGGGAUGCCAUCAAGCAAAUGCUUUUGAUGCAGGAUCUGCUGAGGGGAAUGGAGACCUAGAUGUUGCACUUGCUGGCUAUAAAGAAGCUUUUAGCUUGAACACUGGAGAUGAUUCUUUAUGGAGCACUGGGGCACUCAGUGGCAAUGAUUCAACCACAACUACGGAAGAAGAGUCCAGUGAUCCACCCGAGCAGCUUGAAGAACCCAGCUACAAAAAGGCAGAGGUGCCACAACCAGAAGUAACUGAGCAGGAGCAAGAGGGGCCCCAGCAGCGUAGCUUCAUACCAAAGCAGAUGCUGCAGGUGCCUCAGCAGGCUCCCCAGCAGCAUGUUUAUCAAGUGCAGCAGGUUCCCCAGCAGGUGCCUCAGCAGGCUCCCCAGAUGCCCAUCUAUCAAGCCAAGCAGGUUCCUCAGCAGGUGCCUCAGCAGGCUCCCCAGAUGCCAGUCUACCAGGCCAAGCAGGUGCCUCAGCAGGCUCCCCAGAUGCCAGUCUACCAGGCCAAGCAGGUGCCUCAGCAGGCUCCCCAGAUGCCAGUCUAUCAAGCCAAGCAGGUGCCUCAGCAGGCUCCCCAGAUGCCUAUCUAUCAGGCCAAGCAGGUGCCUCAGCAGGCUCCCCAGAUGCCCAUCUAUCAGGCCAAGCAGGUUCCUCAGCAGGCUCCCCAGAUGCCCAUCUAUCAAGCCAAGCAGGUGCCUCAACAGGCUCCCCAGAUGCCAGUCUAUCAGGCCAAGCAGGUUCCCCAGCAGGUGCCUCAGCAGGCUCCCCAGAUGCCCAUCUAUCAGGCCAAGCAGGUUCCUCAGCAGGCUCCCCAGAUGCCAAUCUAUCAGGCCAAGCAGGUUCCCCAGCAGGUGCCUCAGCAGGCUCCCCAGAUGCCCAUCUAUCAGGCCAAGCAGGUGCCUCAGCAGGCUCCCCAGAUGCCUGUCUAUCAAGCCAAGCAGGUGCCUCAACAGGCUCCCCAGAUGCCUAUCUAUCAGGCCAAGCAGGUUCCCCAGCAGGUGCCUCAGCAGGCUCCCCAGAUGCCCAUCUAUCAGGCCAAGCAGGUGCCUCAGCAGGCUCCCCAGAUGCCUAUCUAUCAGGCCAAGCAGGUUCCCCAGCAGGUGCCUCAGCAGGCUCCCCAGAUGCCUAUCUAUCAGGCCAAGCAGGUGCCUCAGCAGGCUCCCCAGAUGCCCAUCUAUCAGGCCAAGCAGGUUCCUCAGCAGGCUCCCCAGAAGCCCGUCUAUCAAGCCAAGCAGGUGCCUCAGCAGGCUCCCCAGAUGCCCAUCUAUCAGGCCAAGCAGGUUCCUCAGCAGGCUCCCCAGAUGCCCAUCUAUCAGGCCAAGCAGGUUCCUCAGCAGGCUCCCCAGAUGCCCGUCUAUCAGGCCAAGCAGGUUCCUCAGCAGGCUCCCCAGAUGCCCAUCUAUCAGGCCAAGCAGGUUCCCCAGCAGGCUCCCCAAAUGCAAAUCUUUCAUGACAUGCAGGUGCCUCAGCAGGCUCCCCAGAUGCCCAUCUAUCAGGCCAAGCAGGUGCCUCAGCAGGCUCCCCAAAUUCCCGUCUAUCAGGCCCAGCAGGUUCCCCAGCAGGCUCCCCAGAUGCCCAUCUACCAGGCCAAGCAGGUGCAUCAGCCAGCUCCCCAGAUGCCCAUCUAUCAGGCCAAGCAGGUGCACCAGCAGGCUCCCCAGAUGCCCAUCUAUCAGGCCAAGCAGGUGCCUCAGCAGGCUCCCCAGAUCCCCAUCUACCAGGCCACGCAGGUUCCCCAGCAAGCUCCCCAGAUGCCUAGCUACCAGGCCAAGCAGGUUCCCCAGCAAGCUCCCCAGAUGCCCGUCUAUCAGGCCAAGCAGGUGCCCCAGCAGGCUCCCCAGAUGCCCGUCUAUCAGGCCAAGCAGGUGCCUCAGCAGGCUCCUCAGAUGCCUGUCUACCAGGCCAAGCAGGUGCCUCAACAGGCUCCCCAGAUCCCCAUCUACCAGGCCAAGCAGGUUCCCCAGCAAGCACCCCAGAUGCAUGUCUAUCAGGCCAAGCAGGUGCCCCAGCAGGCUCCACAGAUGCCCGUCUAUCAGGCCAAGCAGGUGCCUCAGCAGGCUCCCCAGAUGCCCAUCUACCAGGCCAAGCAGGUGCCUCAGCAGGCUCCCCAGAUGCCCAUCUACCAGGCCAAGCAGGUGCCUCAGCAGGCUCCCCAGAUGCCUGUUUACCAGGCCAAGCAGGUACCCCAGCAGGCUCCCCAGAUGCCCAUCUAUCAGGCCAAGCAGGUGCCCCAGCAGGCUCCUCAGAUGCCCAUCUACCAGGCCAAGCAGGUGCCUCAGCAGGCUCCUCAGAUGCCCAUCUACCAGGCCAAGCAGGUGCCCCAGCAGGCUCCUCAGAUGCCCAUCUACCAGGCCAAGCAGGUACCCCAGCAGGCUCCCCAGAUGCCCAUCUAUCAGGCCAAGCAGGUGCCUCAGCAGGCUCCCCAGAUGCCCAUCUAUCAGGGCAAGCACGUGCCCCAGCAGGCUCCCCAGAUGCCCAUCUACCAGGCCAAGCAGGUGCAUCAGCAGGCUCCCCAGAUGCCCAUCUAUCAGGCCAAGCAGGUGCCCCAGCAGGCUCCUCAGAUGCCAAUCUACCAGGCCAAGCAGGUGCCUCAGCAGGCUCCCCAGAUGCCGGUUUACCAGGCCAAGCAGGUACCCCAGCAGGCUCCCCAGAUGCCCAUCUAUCAGGCCAAGCAGGUGCCCCAGCAGGCUCCUCAGAUGCCUGUCUACCAGGCCAAGCAGGUACCCCAGCAGGCUCCCCAGAUGCCCAUCUAUCAGGCCAAGCAGGUGCCUCAGCAGGCUCCCCAGAUGCCCAUCUAUCAGGGCAAGCAAGUGCCCCAGCAGGCUCCCCAGAUGCCCAUCUACCAGGCCAAGCAGGUGCAUCAGCAGGCUCCCCAGAUGCCCAUCUACCAGGCCAAGCAGGUACCCCAGCAGGCUCCCCAGAUGCCCAUCUAUCAGGCCAAGCAGGUGCCUCAGCAGGCUCCCCAGAUGCCCAUCUAUCAAGGCAAGCAAGUGCCCCAGCAGGCUCCCCAGAUGCCCAUCUAUCAGGCCAAGCAGGUGCCUCAGCAGGCUCCCCAGAUGCCGGUCUACCAGGCCAAGCAGGUGCCUCAGCAGGCUCCCCAGAUGCCCAUCCAACAGUCUAGGCAGGUGCCCCAGCAAGCUCGCCAGGUGCCCCAGCAGGCUCCCCAGAUGCCAGUCUAUCAGUCCAGGCAGAGGCCUCAGUUUUCACAGAGGCAAAGGCAUUCACCCAGGCAAAGGCCUCGGUUCUCUCAGAGGCCCAGAUUUUCACCUAGGCAGUUUUCACAGCAGCCACACAGCAAUGAUUAUCCAACUUUCGCCCAAGACAUUGGCUCCUAAAUGGAUUCUGAUGGCUCUUGAAUUUAUGGUGUCAUUUGGAAAGGAGGGAAGCAUAGGACUGGGUGCUACAACACCAAAGAUGCUUCUAAAACUGCUUCAACUGAGCCAUUUUUCUGACUUGUAAAAUAAAAAGAAAUCUACUACUUGUAUCUUGUAAA